CUUCUACACGGAUGCGACAAGGUUUAUCAAGAUGCCUUGCUUAUAAGGUUGUUCUGAAACAAAUUCUGUCUUGAAGAAGAGCCAUGCCAUUGACUGCGACAGAAAAAAGUCAGUAAAAGUUGUGUUGGAAGUUAGUAAGGACUGGAGUCGCGUUACAAUUCAAGCUUCUCCAAGUCGUUUUCUUCUUGUAAAGGACUCUUUUUGGCAUUCACACUUUUUCGUAAUACCUCUAUUUACCUUUUUCUAAAAGUUAUUCGAGAGUGUUUAGGUUUUGAAAUAGUUUCGGACUAGUAAAAUAAAAUGACUCGAGAAAAUAUAACUCCAAAGAAAAUCCAACCACUCCUACCGUGGCAUAGCUGUAGGUUACUGAGGACCUCUAUGUAUCAACAGAAUGCCUCUGUUACUAUUCAAAAGAGACCUAAAAGUGGGACCACUAUAAGUUUCGUACUUGGAAGAAUGGCCAGUCUUUUGGUCUACUGAACCUUCCAAAAGUGGAAAAAUGCCCAAUUCCAGAAAAAGCAAUUGCUUCAGAUAAACAAAAUCAGUCGUUCAUGAAAUUUCAUAUCUUACUGAAGCUAAGCAUUGUUUUUUACUUCUUCUUUACUUACGAUAAAGUUGAGGCAAGAUUUGAAUUUUUAGAACAAAUACCAAAUGGACAUAGACUGUAUUCUUUGAACUUGAGCAACUGUCAGGUUGGUCGUUAUUGUCGCUAAACGUUUUCGAGACUUACUUUCGUACCAGGCCAUCGGCCACAUGAGAGAAAACCUUGAAGACCCUAGUUCGUGGUGUGAACCAGGGAACGGUUUGAAUCAGUUUGGUCGUGACUUUUUGGAAGCCGGACUACGUUGGACAAGAACACUUUGUGAGAAGGACUCAGACGGGGAUGGCUUAUCCAACGGUGUUGAAUUGGGGGAUCCUUGUUGUAUAUGGGCUCCUGGGGAGACACCCUUUCGGUUGGAACCCUUAAGCCUCCCUAACGACCCAAACUCGCUUGUUCCUAUUCAGUAUGAUGUCGUGGACUGCCGAACGGACAUUAUUAUGGGUCCGGAGCCUACAGCAAAUACAGGAGAUUCAAUUUUAGGCCCGGUGCAGUCUGCAGAAAGUAUCAUAAACUCACCUUCCCCUACAGCUACUGCAAAUCUUCCUACACCUUCUACUGCAGUUAUCGAACCACAAAGCAGUGAAGAAGAGAAAAUAGACGAAAAUGUUUUAGAAACUACUCCGGCUACUUCUACUUUUUAUCUCAUCAAGACUCAUGCCAGUCUAGGAUAUGCAGGUUUCAUGUUAUUGCUUCCAUUGGGAUUUCUAUCAUCACGAUAUUUGCAACCUGUUAUCGGGGAAACAUGGUGGCUUUAUGCUUCUCUUCUUUUCCAAGUUGGUGGCUUUAGCUGUGCUUUGAGUGGUAUAAUUGUGCUGGCAAAGCAUACAAAUGAUAUACAAGGAAGCUCUGUAGCUAUGGCUCAUAAUAUUAUUGGAUUAAUUUCCGUAUGUUUGGUUUUUCUUCAGUUAGUUAAUAGUCUGUUUCAACUUUGGAAAUGGAAAAACAGCCGUGGUUGGAUAUUCGGCUCUUUAAGUCCUGUUAUUGCUAUAAUUGUGAUAUUCUUGGGCGCAACAGACUCCUUUUUAGGUAUCAAGAUAUUGCAAAAUGUGCAAAACUUCGUUCAAAGCAUUCAGAGAACCCAAUUUAUUUUUCUUAUUUGGAUCACAACACAAAUUGUUCUUUUGCCAUUAGCCGAACUUUGUAUUGUCCUAUGGAAAAUAUCCGGUGGCGAUAAACUACGAGAGGCAGACAGUGAAGACAUGAAUGGAAAUAAGGGGCUCUACAGAAUAGCUGGAAAGGAGUACUAUCCUCUAUUAAGGAAUGAAAAUGAUACUCCUGCCUUGCAUGUUCUUGAAAAUGACAGUGAUGAUGAAGAAUAUUCUACUGCUUCGAGAUCAAUGCAAAGUAAUGCUUCCAAAGAAGAGUCAAAUAGGAAUGGUAAUCAUGAUUCUCUCAAAACAAAUGCAGGAAAUUCGGAUUUGCAGUCAAGUGAGACUAGGGACUUCAGAAUGAGUCAACUAGAAUCUCUAUGGCUGUGGUUGAGGCGACUUCCAUGGAUUGUCGGAAUAGUUGCCGCACUGUGCACUGUUAUUUUUGGUUCCAUUGAAAUCCACGUCAUGUCACAUAUAGACUGAAUGGUCUUUUACCAAAUUUUCUUAUCUUCCAUACAAAGAACCUUGUUCUAAAAUGUUGUGAGGCAGUCUUGAAAUGGUUAGUAGCCUUUGACGGCAAAGUUUCCGUAAAUAUCACUGACUGGAAGGUUUCGUAAUAAAAAUUGUACAUCUGAA